UUCACAAUAAACCGAGCAGCACCCCGUUCAAAUUUGCCACUUUUACCCAUUCCGUGACAGACUCUUCGUCCGCGGAUGCCAGUACCGUAACGGUGGAUACGGUCAAUCCAUACUUCGACUGAAGAAUUAGCGCAAGAAUUGUAGGAGUGCGUCUCUCUGCCAAUCAGCCUUCCUGUUCGUUAUCGCACGCACGGAGAUCGGAGUCUUAUCAAACUCCGCUGCUGCUCGGCCAGACAGUGGACUCCGAUGAGACUAAAAAACACGGUGGAUUAGCUCGCAUGUGCGAGAUUUUCAGAACUGUGGACUUUGAUCAUCACCAGCCGGUCGAGCCCGGUGGAUGCUGGCUGGUGUGAUGCAAGUCCAUUGACUGUUCUCACUCGGAAUCCUGUUCAUGUCCUGUACAUCAAUGAUUCCUCUGUCGGUGAGCUGAGGAAGUCGUGCGGUCGGCUUCGGUUCGGCAUGGGAGCUCUCGUCGACAAAUUGCGCAUACUCGAAUGAUGAGUUGGACCUGUGGACGGGGUGAAUGCCGUAUGAUUGAGCAGCGCACAAUCUUGAGAUUUCAGCUAUGUCAAUUGUGAAGAUGAGCUAGCCUGAGUGCCCAGAGGAUAGAGCAGGGGCUUUACCUUCUUGCGUAUCGACAGUCGGAGCAUUUAUUAUCACUGUUUCGACGUCAAUUAUGGCUCUCUUGUCCUGUAGCUCGAGAUCCCUUUCGACACCGUAUUCCACGAUCUCUGUUCGUGCUAUUUCUUGUUCAAGCGGGAAGAUUGUCAAUCCGGGCGGAUGUUUGGCGAGUUUUUUAGAUUGGUCUCGCACGCAGUCGGAAGGAAAAUAUGACUUUGACUCUCUGAGUUCCGAGUCGCGGGCAUUUGCCCACGGCCAGAGCCAGAGACAGUUCCAGAGGAUAUCCCCAAUAUUUAAAGUUUUCGAAACUUUACGGGUCCAGGCUGACAAGUCGCACCUCAAAGGUCUCGAACAGGAAUCUUCCUCUGAUCCAGUUGUAUUCGGCGACGAAAGUCAGUUGGGAGGACGAGAAGAUAGCUCGAGGCUGCUUUAUAACUGUGCCAUCUUCACUCCCGGGAUUGCUUCAGCCUUGCCUCUGCCGACUGUCACCAUGCACGACUUAAUUGCCUGCGUGGUGACCAUCGGGGGAGCUCUGGGAAUGUUGAGAUUCUUCGACGAGUUGGCCAAGCGCGACGUGCUUGAAAAGAAACUGAGCAGGAAGCUGGUGCACAUAUUGGUCGGACUUGGGUUCAUGCUCUUUUGGCCCCUUUUCAGUUUAGCGCCGUAUGCAAAAUACCUGUGUGCAUUAGCUCCUGCAGGGAAUGGAGUCCGAAUGCUGGGUCUAGGAUUUGGAAUUCUAAAAAAUGAGGCGAUGGUUAAGGCAAUGAGCAGAGAAGGGGGCAGAAGGGAACUCCUGAAAGGACCCUUUUAUUACGCUCUAGCGAUUGUCGUCACUACUGUCUGUUUUUGGCGGAGCUCACCUGUGGGGAUUGUUGCUCUUGUGAAUCUAUGUGCUGGUGAUGGCUUUGCGGACAUCAUCGGAAGAAAUUUCGGUGGGAUUAAGCUUCCCUACAACAGAGAUAAGUCGUUUGCCGGAAGCAUUGGGAUGUUUGUUGCGAGCACUUCGGUAUCCAUGUUGUACUUAAUGUAUUUUGCACACUUCGGGUAUAUUGAGAUGGUGCCGGGAACGUUUGCUCGAGUGGUCAUCGUCUCCUUCUUGACCACUGUGGUGGAGUCAUUACCCUUCAGCACUCGGUUGGACGACAACCUCACCGUUCCUUUCGCGGCAAUGGCUUUGGGAAUGCUCAUCUUUCCUUCCUGAGCUUUGAAGUUCCCUGCUCCAGCUUUACUCCGAAAGUGACAUUAAAACUUCAGAAUAUAGAACCUCAGCAACGUCACCAAGAUAAAACUAACACGCUGGCAACAGGGGUGGACCCAAAUGGUCUAGCUCCUUGACAAUGUAAUAGGCUAUGGGCUUCUUGUUCAUCGCAAGUAGUUCAAGAAAGCAUUAGAGUUGGUGUUAGAGCAUACCACAUUGUAACGAAGGCACAUAUUAUCUCAUGACCUCAGGUAAAAGUUGCAAGAUUUGUGCUUUCGUUUCUGGGAUAGAGUGGGGCGACGUUCUUGGCUUGUUAGGAAGUUAAGAACUUUGAUUGAGUAUGUUCAUUGCACAUUGUAUAACGUAGGCUUCGAAGUGGUGCAAUGGAAUAAAAAAGAUGUGCAGAGCAUGUAAUAAGUACGUAAUCAGUUUCGGCAUCAUACUGAAUGUCCAUUCUAUAUGAUGCCGAAAUAUGUGGCAAGUAUUCCGAGCAAUGAAAGACCUUAGCAGAUCCGCUAGAAGACAUUUUCCAAGAGUCUGU